AUGGAGUCGUACACCAGCAGUGGCACGGGCUCCGCAGCAGCCACCGACCGGCCGCACGUCGUGCUGCUGGCCAGCCCCGGCGCCGGCCACCUCAUCCCGCUGGCGGAGCUGGCGCGGCGUCUCGUCGAGCACCACGGCUUCGCGGCCACGCUCGUCACCUUCACAAACCUCUCGUUCCCUGCGCAUGUCCUCGCCAGCUGCCAGCUCCCUGCGUCCGUCGCCACCGCCACGCUCCCCGCCGUAGAUAUCAGCGACCUCCCAGCAGACUCCGACAUCGACAUGUACGUGCAGGUGACUCGCCGCUCGCUCCCGAACCUCCGCGCCCUUGUCCGCUCCAUCAGCUCCACCGGCGCCCGGCCGCUCGCUGCCCUGGUCCCGGACUUCCUCUGCUCCGAGGCGCUGCUCGUCGCCGCCGAGCUCGGCGUCCCGGGAUACGUUUUCGUCCCCACCAACCUGGCCUGGCUUGCCCUCCGGCGCCAGCUAGUGGAGCGGCACCACGGCCUCGCUCCCGGCGAGUAUCGCGACUUCCCGGAGGUUGUCGAGCUUGGCGGGGGCGUAUCGAUGCGCCGCGCGGACCUCCCGGUCGUGUACCGUGAUCCCAAGAGGCUGGCUUUCCCGCUGCUUCUAGAGGGCGGCCGGCGAUUCCUCCGUGCAGACGGCUUGCUGGUCAACACCUUCUACGAGAUGGAACCUGGUCUCGUGGAAGCGUUCAAGCUUGCGACGGAAGGUGGCGCGUUCCCGCCGGUGUUCGCCGCGGGACCGUUCGUUCGGCCAGAAUCCGACGUCGACGCGUCGCCGUGCCUGGAGUGGCUGGAUCGCCAGCCGACAGGCUCGGUGGUGUACGUCUCGCUCGGGAGCGGCCGAGCGCUGUCGCUGGAGCAGACCACCGAGCUCGCCGCCGGUAUAGAGGACAGCGGCCAGGGGUUCCUCUGGGUCGUGCGGAUGCCUGCCCUGACGACGUCGGAGUUGGAGACAGCAGCCGCCGGUGGAAACAAAGACGACCCGUUUGUUAGCCCAGACCCGGCAGUACUCUCGCCGAUCUGA